AUGUCUGGCUUUUCCAUUGUCAUGGCUAUGAGGAAGGUGGUUCAGAAGCUCUGGCUGGAAGCCUGGCUAAACCAUAUGAAGGUUUCCCAAGCAGCUGCAGACUUAAAACAUCUGUCUGCAGAACAUGACCCCUUGCUAACCGGAGUGUCUUCAAGUACUAAUCCAUUCAGUCCUCAGAAAGUCUGUUCCUUUUUUUAUCAACAUGGAGAUGGACAAAAGUAUUUUCUGAGAAGAUGA